UCUUAGAAUACCAAUCUUAACCUAAAAACAAUACAUAGAUCUGUGUGUAUAUACUGUAUGGCUGGUCUAGCUGUUAGAUUUAGAAAAAAGCAGUCAAUGUCGGUGAUAGAAGAGGAUCAGAUCCAGCUAGUUGGUGAAAACAAUAUCUCUGAUGAUGAUCUCCCUUCAAGCAACUCUUCUCUGCAUGAUGAAGUCCAUCACGUACCUGUCUCUGUAGAUCUACCCACUCGUGUCAAGAAGUUUAGGACGAAACUUUCAACUAAUUUUACUCCAACACGAAAGCUUUGGUGGGUGACUGCGACCAUUCUCGCUAUAGCGUCUUUCUUACUAGUGUUAAUCCCCUCAGUAUUGAAGCCAUCCGAACAUCAAGAGUGUGUCGACUUUGAGAACGUACGUGGAUAUACCAACUACGAGGAAUUUCCGUUUCUUUUCGAGGAAUCUACGAAUGGAAAAUUUGUAUUGUGUCGUCGUGGUGAGCCAGUUCUGGAGGGGAUACUAGGAACGAACCACACACCGUUACAGGAAGUCAAAGUUGAUGUGUACAGGCACUCUUCGAACACUGUUCUCAAUAUAUCUCGACUCAAUUCGAACUGUCUCCGUGUGGAAUGGACUGGGCUGUCGUCUCGAGAAGCCCCUAUAGAAGAUUGCUACAGCCUGGGUUUGGGAGAAAACGGAGAAGAAAAAGUUCACUGGUACGGCAUGUAUACAACCAAGAACCAAACGUGGCCAAUCAAUGGCGCUGAAAUACCGCUCACACCAUUUCUACCAACUGACUAUCUCGGAAGCUCAAAAGUGUUUGGACCUAUCUUACAUCCGCUGUGGUUAAGCUCUAAAGGAUCUGGGAUUCAUAUCGACGAUGGAGUACAGUUGUAUUAUCGAAUAAACUCUACUAACUUCUGUUUUCUGGCUGAACCUUACGAACUUGAAUGUGUCCCUAAAGCCUCCGACAGAAUCUAUCUAAAUUAUACCGUAUGCAACUUUGACAAUAUUACCCUCACUGCUAAAUACUUUUUGAACGAAUCUGGUGUCAUACCCCAUCCAAAAUCGAAACCUGACGAAGAACUGUUUAAGAAACCCAUCUGGUCGACAUGGGUGGAAGGCAAGACAAAUAUAAACGACGAUUUUCUUAGAAAUUUCUAUCAAAAUAUUUCUUCAAAUAAUUUUGAAAUUAGUCAACUUGAAAUAGAUGAUGGCUACUCAGAACAUUAUGGUGAUCUGGCUUUUAACACAAAGUUCACUGCUUCAACACUGAAAGAUUUGAGUGACAGUGUACCUCUGACUGCUUGGGUACAUCCGUUUAUCAAUCACGAGGCCAAUGAUUUUUUGUAUGGAUUGAUUAAUGACCAUUUUUUACCCGGAUUCUUCAUAGAUGAGAGUAACAGUGUGUCCCUUGUCAAGUGGUGGCAAGGUUAUGGUGCUGUGAUCAACUUCCUACGUUCUAACACUUCUCAAUGGCAUGCUCAACGAUUAAACAAUUUUGUAGCCAGUAACCACCUCACCUCUCUUAAGUUUGAUGCUGGAGAAUUCACCUAUCUGCCUAACUGUGUGUACAUUCAUGGACUCGACAACGAUCCAGCUAUGUUCGCUAAAGCCUAUGUGAACUUUGUUGCAAAUCAAUCGUACUCUGGUCGUGCUGAAGUGCGAGUUGGAUACUACACCCAAGAGUUCUCUGUUCUAACUCGACUGUUGGAUAGAAACUCUAUUUGGGGGACAAAUAAUGGACUGAAAUCUGUUCUAAAUGCUGUGCUGUCACUGGGGCUUGCUGGAUACAGUUACAUUCUUCCUGAUAUGAUUGGAGGCAAUGGUGUAGUUGCUACAGAUCUCAAUAAUUCCGAUCCGCCAGAAAUUGAGUUGUUUAUUCGAUGGCUUCAACUGAACACUUUUCUACCCUUUGGGCAAUUUUCACUAGGACCUUGGCGAUACAAUAACGAGAAAUUGAUGAAUCAUGUUCGGACGAUGAUGAAUUUGCACCUUACAUUGAGCGAGAAGUACUUCAUACCUCUAUCUGACGAUGUAAUUAGUGGGGGCAUCCCCAUUAUACGUCCCCUGUGGUGGUUGAGCGGAGCUGAAUCCAAAGACUCUCCUAUUUGGACUAUUGAUGACCAAUUUCUGAUUGGAGAUCAAGUUAUGGUAGCACCCGUCCUAGAAGGAGGAGUUCUAACAAGAGAUGUGUACUUCCCAAAGGGGACGAGUUGGACACCAGCAGAUGCUACAAGAGAUAACUGUAAAGGACAUGUAUGUGGUAAUGGUAAUACUGUAGAGUUUUCUGUUGACCUCUGGGAGGUCCUGUACUUUAAUAUUGCUGCUUAAUUAAUAUUAAUUUAUUGCUGCUUAAUUAACAUAAUUUGUUUGUUUUUGUUG